UGUGUUUUUUUUGUAUUUUUAUAUACGUGUUCAGUUACAAUUUACUACAAUUUUUCUAUUAUAAUUGUGAUAUUGUCAGUAUUAAAAAUGAAUACAUGUUAUUCAAUCCUUUAUUUUAUAAUUCGUUUAUCAUUUUAACUAUUUUUACUAAACUAUAACUAUACUAACUACAUCCCAAACGGAAUAAAAAAUGGACGAAAAACACGGUAUAUGUCAGACAUGCCUUAGUAAAGACCGCAUACUCUGUCCUCUCAUCGAAUUCCGUGAAACAAUACACAACAUGAAUUUGUAUCAGAUCGGUAACCUGAGUGGCAGUGUGUGCUGGGAAUGCCGUAAUGUAUUAACAAGGUUCAUGAAAUUCAAAUUGCAAGUGUAUGAAGCACAGCAGAUAUUGGGCAAUACUACACAGAUACAACAUCUAAAAUCUUUAAGUAGACUUGAAACAAAAUUAUUAAUAAAUUGCGACUAUCAACCAAAAUAUGAUCCACUGACUGUAUCUGAGGAUAUAUUAAUUAAAAAAGAAGAAUUGCCUAUAGAUAGUAUUGAUUCAUCACACAUGUACAGUUCAAAUAGUGAUGAUGAUGAAGUUCAGAAUGAUCAAUCAAAAAAUAAAAUAACAGACACUAUGAAUGAAGGAAUAAUUAAAAAUGUUUGUUCAGUUCGGUUUACCGAAAAAAGUAGUAUAAAAGCAAAUAUUAAAAGAAAAAGACGCAAAAGAAAGAUAUUGGUAUCUGACAAUAGAAAUAAUAAUAUAAAUGACACACAAACUGAAAAUAAUAUUAUUGAAAAGACUGAUCUUGAUAUAUUAAAACAGGAGAUACGUAAUAUUGAUGAAGGCGAAAUGAUUGUGAGUUCUAAUGAUAUAUCUAUAGACAAUAGAGUUGAAGCUACAGACUCAGAUGAAUCAGAUGGAAAUGUUAUAGACAAAUUCUCCACAGUUGUCUUUACUGAAGAAGAGUUGUUAAAAAAUAGAGAAGAAAAGAGAAUGCAACCUAACUUUAAGAAAAUACAGUACAAAUGCGAUAUGUGUGUGUUAGGAUUUUUGAAGAAAGAAAAUUAUGAUGUACAUAUGAAGAAAAAACAUGAUGAGAGUAUAGGCGAACACCAGUGUGAUAUAUGCAAAGUCCGGUACACUAGUAAAUUGGAUGUGAUCAGACACAGAAGCCAGCACUACAUGUGUUACAGAUGUAAACUCUGCAAGUAUGAGACUGGACAGAUAUGGGCUGUGGUCAACCAUUGUCGGUCUAAACAUCGUCAUGACAGCAAAGAUAGGAUACACUGUAAACAAUGUGAACUUAUUGCCAGAACACCUGAAGAGUUGGCUGAGCAUAUAAAGACAAAACACACGCUCAAAUGCGAUGAAUGUGGCGGCAGGUUCAAAGGGAAAAAUACGUUGCGAACGCAUAAAAUACGAGUACACGCAGUGAAGCGAGAAUUUAUUUGUGAUGUGUGUACAAAAACGUUUACGAAGAAAUCCAGACUCGAAUCCCACAUGGUGACGCAUGAUACCGCCCUAGCCAAACAAUUAUCGUACUGCACCACUUGUAAUGUACAGUACAAGAAUAUAUACAUAUAUAGAGGGCAUCUGAGGAAUAGCACGAAUCAUUCAGAGCGAAAUUACGCAUGCGUGGAGUGCGAUAAGAAAUUCUCGUCGCGGGCCUAUUGGAUCCAACAUUAUAACUUCUAUCAUCUACAGAAGUCGCAGUUCAUCUGUGAGCAGUGUGAUAAGAUAUUCAUAUCUGAUUGGCGAUUAAGGAACCAUAAACAAAAAUACCACGGCCUAGAUAGACCGAGAGAUCAUCAAUGCAAUGAGUGUGGAAAGAAAUUUUUUACAUUGGCAAUACUGCGUGGACAUCAAUUGACGCAUUCAGAACAGCGUACGUUCAUGUGCUCGGACUGUGGCGACACCUUCAAACAACGGCCAGCGCUGUACACACACACUAGACUCGUGCAUCAGAAAAUGAAACGGAAAAAAUAGUAAUACUGUAUUCUGUUCUAUUUAUUACCUAUUUACUAUGAAUAAAGUUAUCUAAUCGUCUAUGACGAAUACUAUAUCCCGAAUCCCUGCUUA